AUGGCAAACGUCGUCGAGCUGCAGGUUGUCCCUCCACCCCUUCCAGCAUCCUGGACCCCUCCAACGAGCUCGGGCAAGCCCAUCUCUCCCUUGGUCGAACGACGGUUGCUGCCCGCAGGACCUGCAUAUCUCGCUCAUGUCAAACGAGCCGUUCACAAUCUCUCUUUUGAAGAACACGACAAACAUGCGGAAGACGAGCGAAAGCGGCUCGAAGCGGUCAACGGAACGGGUGUUAACGGGGAAGACGAUUUUGGUGUUGGCGAUGAGGAGGAAACUGAGGAUUUGCUCACCCUAGAUCCUAAGGAAUGGAAGAAACAAGACCACUAUGCUGUCCUUGGGCUGUCACAUCUACGAUACAGGGCCACGGAUGAGCAGAUCAAAAUUGCUCAUCGGAAGAAGGUGCUCAAGCACCAUCCUGACAAAAAGGCGGGCCUCGCGGGAGAUUCAAAUGAUGACGCCUUUUUCAAAUGCAUCCAGAAAGCGAAUGAGGUUCUCACAAACGCAGAACGUCGCCGCCAGUUCGACUCUGUUGACCCGCAUUAUGAUGCGUUAGAAUCUGACGUGCCCACUGCAUCGCAAAUCAAAAACGCAAAAAACCCACAAUCGUUCUUCUUCAAAGAAUUUGCUCCAGUGUUCGAACGUGAGGCGCGGUUUAGCAAAGUUCAACCUGUGCCCAUGUUGGGCUCUUACGACGAUGCCAAGGAUAAGGUUGAAGGAUUCUACGACUUUUGGUACAAAUUCGAGAGCUGGCGUAGCUUUGAAUAUCUAGACAAGGAGGUCAACGAGGGUAGUGACAACCGGGACGACAAGCGAUACACGGAAAAGAAGAACAAGUCAGAGCGUGCUCGCCGCAAGAAAGAGGACACUGCACGUUUGCGUGGCAUCGUCGAUCUCGCCCUCCAAAACGACCCACGGAUCAAGAGGAUCAAACAAGAGGAGAAGGACGCUCGGGAAGCAAAGAAAAAGAGCAAGGGGGGCGUCAAUGGCGUCGACCAGAAGCAGAAGCUAGAAGAGGAGAAGAAGAAAGCGGAGGAGGAGGCCAAGCGCAAGGAAGAGGAAGAGAAGAUUGCUCGCGCAGAAGCCAAAAAGGCGAAAGCCGCUGCAGCCAACGCUGCAAAAAAGGCCAGGCGACAGCAGCGGGCAGGAGAGGAGGGUGCUCCCGCCUAA